AUGUUUUCAUGUUUAUCAGAAUUCCUCAGUGAUAAUGAUAUGGAUAUUAAUAUGAUAAAAGAAAUUAUAACUGCUCAUCCAAUAAGUUUACAAACUUUAAUGCACGGAAAUUUAAAAAUAAACGAAGAACUUGUUGAAUUGUCAUCAGAUGAAAAUCUACGUGUUAGAUUUCAGGAAAAUACAUGUGAUACAUUUUGGAUUUCCAUCAUAUCUGAAUAUCCAGAAUUAUCAAACCAAGCCAUAUCAAUUUUAUUACCUUUUGCAUCAACAUAUUUAUGCGAAAUAGCAUUUUCAACACCAACGAUAAUUAAAAACAAUUAUCGCACCAGAUUUAAUGUUGAAGCUGAUUUAAGAAUAGCAGUGUCAAAUAUCAAACCAAACAUAGAAUCAAUCAUGUCUACAAUGCAAGCUCAAGUUUCUCAUUAA